UUUGUAAGUGGAGAGGGGGGGGGGAGAAAAAAAGUCAUCUGGGGUGGAUUUCAAGGCAAGGGACACGAGCUGUCAGAGAGAAGGGCAGAGGUGUGAGGAGUCACCGGGGGGGAAGAGGGAGCAUGUUGGAGAGGAAGACGUUAGCUGUCGCAGGAAAACAUAAGGAGGCCCUUCAAAACAUGAAGCGCUGAGAGGAGGAACACCAUCUGGAGUGAAGGCACUUGUCUGGAAGGAGCGGAUAGGUUUUUUGGAGCUGAGGAUAUUAAAGCUACGAGGCAACGGAGGGGGGACUGCUGGAGGUAUGGGGUGCGUUCAAAGCACGAGCACUGGCAGGAUGAAGAAUCGUGGACCUGUUGCUGACACAGGAGGGGUCCCUGUAAAGGCGGACCCUGAGGUACACCCCGAGAUCCUUCAACUCGCCGAGCUUGCCAGAGCGGGAAGUCACACCUUCACGGAGAAGAGCUUCAAGAGGAAACGUGUGUGCGAUGUGUGCAAGGAGAACAUCGACAACCCCGGGGCUUUCUGCAAGGAAUGCAAGGCUGCAGUUCACAAGACAUGCGAAGCAAAGGUGACUCCCACCUGUACCUCAACACCAGAACUGCACGGCUCCAUUAAAUCUACAUCACAGAAGAAGAGAGGCUCCAUACCAAGGGCUAGUAAAAUUGUGGAACAAGUGAUGGAGCAUGUGAUGGAGUGCCACUAUGACUUUGACCUCACCUACAUCACGGAGAGGAUCAUCUCUGUCUUCUUUCUGCCUGACCUGGAGGAGCAGCGGUAUCGCAGAAACCUGCAGGAAGUGGCCUCCAUGCUGAAAUCCAAGCAUCAGGACAAGUUCUUGCUCCUAAAUCUGUCAGAGAAGAGACAUGACAUCACCAGACUCAACCCAAAGGUGCAGGACUACGGCUGGCCUGACAUCCACGCCCCUCCCCUGGACAAGAUCUGUGCUAUUUGUAAGGCCAUGGAGACCUGGCUGACUUCUGACCCCCAAAAUGUUGUGGUUCUCCACUGUAAGGGAAACAAAGGGAAGACGGGAGUCAUCAUUGCAGCCUACAUGCACUAUAGCAAGAUAUCAGCUGGAGCGGACCAGGCGCUCACAACACUAGCAAUGAGAAAGUUCUGUGAAGACAAAGUCUCCUCCUCCAUACAGCCCUCUCAGAACAGGUACAUCUACUACUUUGGUGGUUUGCUGUCCGGUACCAUCAAAAUGAACAGCAGCCCUCUGUUCCUCCACCAGGUCCUCAUUCCAUCACUACCGCACUUCCAGGCAGGAGGAGGUUUCUACCCUUUCCUGAAAAUCUACCAGUCUCUUCAGCUGGUCUACACUUCAGGCGUCUAUGAUCCUCAGAGCUCCAGGGCAAGGAAGCUGUGUGUCACUAUGGAACCAGCACUUUUAUUAAAGGGGGACAUAAUGGUAAAGUGCUACCAUCGGCGGAGUCGAGCAGCAGAGAGGGAGGUGGUGUUCAGAGUCCAGUUCCACACUUGCACCGUCCACGGAGCCCAACUGUGGUUUGGCAAGACUGAGCUGGACCUGGCAUGCACAGAUGACAGAUUUCCUCCAGAUGCGACAGUUGAGUUUAUCUUCUCCAAUGGACCAGAGAAAAUGAAAGGACGAGAAUACCGCAAGAAUGACGCCUCCAUCAAAGUAGACUACAACACAUCAGACCCUGUGGUCAGGUGGGAUUCUUAUGAGAACUUCAACCUGCACCACCAAGACAGCAUGGAAAAUAUCUCUCACACGAGGGGCCCUCUGGAUGGCAGCCUGUACGCCCAAGUGAGGAAACGUCGUGGGCCAGGAUCGACGGCUUCAACAGCAUCUCCCAAUGGUUGCCUCACUAGCAGCCCAACAGUCAAGCCUCAAACUCCCAGCCAGCCACAGCCUCUCUCUGACUCCAGCCGCUGCUCAGUUCCCUCUGAUCAACUGGAAGACACCUCUCUGUCCAUAAACCGCCCUGAAAGAGAAAACACUGAGUCUCCAACAAGGAGAAGAGAUGGGGAAGAUCGAGCAAAGGAGAAAACAAGAGGGAAAGAAAGAGACAGAGAGACUGCGAUUUUAGAUGAUGGAGACCCAUCGAGUCCUGGGGGUUUGAGGCGACAGCAUUCGUGUUGCGGUCGAGUAGGUUCAAAGUGUGGCGAUGGUGGGUGGGAAAGGGGACGAGAGCCCUGCCUUAAUGGUCACUGUCUUGGCUGUUGCAGCAGCAUCAAAAAACAUCCAAAAAGUCAAACUCUGCCGGCUUUACCAACCAAAUCUGUGUCCCCACCGCCUCAUUCAACUCAUAUGGAACUCUGUCAUAGACAUAGUGCCCAUCCUUUGCCAGAGUUACCGUGGGAACGUCCACCUCCACCCCCGCCGCUGCCCUGUCUCCUAAGGCCUUGCUACCCUUAUUCUUCCCCUGAACGCAGCCACCCACACAGCCACACCCUCCCCGCCUCAAACAGACUCUGCACUGGGGAAGAUUGUCACCUCUUCCAUUAUUCCAGCCACAGUCCAGCCUCUCAUCUCUCCCACCAGUCACUGCCUUCUAGCCCUUACAGGGAAAUGUUCUUUGGCUCUCCAACACCAUCCUCUGGCUGCUCCUGCCGGGACUGCUCCAGUAGGCGUGAGCACCAAUCAGCCUCAGUUCGGACAUUCCACCCUUUGCUUCCCGAUCAGUCAGAAAACCCACAUUGGUCCCAAGGAGCAGGAGUACAACGAACGAGAGAGGUGCCUCCGGUGUGGGAAAGUGAAAACCCAUGGGAGGUGGCGAGAGAGGCGGAAAUGUGGCAGUGUAAACCAGUCAUGCCGGCAUUCCGCAUCUGCCACUCCAGUUUGGAUCAGGGUCCAAACCAGGAGCUUCCGAGAUAUGCCAUCGGACCUCACCAGGGCUACCCCAGCCCCCCGUCUCUGAUGGAUGUGCGAGAUGGAGCCAGCAGUGGGUACCACACCCCUCCACAACCCCGCCAUUCCUGUCCCUGCUCUCCUUAUCAGUCAUCCCCAGCUGAGAGCCAUGAAAGCCGGGGUUACGCCUCAGGGUACCACUCUGAAUCUGCCUCCCCUCUGCCUGCUAGCAGCCCUUCUCCUGGGAGAGGCAGGUUGCCCGAGACCCCAUCUGGAUCUAGGGAUCAGCAGGUCACUGAGCAUCUCAAAGUGGAAAAGGCUGAUGUGGCAGAUGACAUUUCCCAGGGUUCAGAGUGUAAAUCAGACUCUAAUGGCCAGUCAAGCACCCCUGGACUGGACUCUGAUCAUGACUACACAAUCAUUGGUAGCAGCAGUCCCACACAUACAGAAGACAGUGUCACUGCUGAUAGCCCUCCUCAAAGCCAAGAAUCCUCUACGCAUCCUGAGUCCAAUACAAAUAGUGGCAAAACUAUCACACCUGUACCAAGAGAAACUCAAACCCAAGGUUCAAACAUAUCCAUAAACUCCACACAGCCAUCAAGUGAGAGUUUGAGUCAUGAUGGUAAGCUUGGGGCAGCCAAGAUUGCAGGAGGUGCAGAGGUCUCUAACCAAUUAAAGUCUUCAAGCUACGCUACCGUCAUCAUCACUCCAGUCCAAGUGCAACUGAAUGGCUCUGCUCUCCCUAGUGAUACUCAAUCUGACAGCAGCAGGAGUGCAUCCAUGAACCCUUCUGUCAGUCUCAGUUCGAGCCCUUCCACCACUUCACCAAAUUCUCCUGUUGGCUCACCAGACAUCCAGUCCUCUCCCCAGCGAUCCACAUCAGCAAUGGGACAAAGACUGACUCCAGACAGAGACAGCUCAGCUGACACAAAGCCACCAUCACCUGUGCCCGACGGAUAUCACACACCAACCUUCCCCUUAGCAUCCUAUUACUACCCAUUACUAAAUGUCCCUCAUGUACCAUACACUGGGUACACUGCAGUCACCAUCCCCGCCUUCCAGCCUCCACUCCCUGAGAAGAAACGACUUUCAAACACACCAGGAUCCCUGAACGGACACAACUCUCUAGUCCGGGUCACUUCAGCUCCCUCCCCAACACACCAUGUUAGUUUUUCCCCCUCUGCUGGAGAGCAGAGACGGGGUUCUACACAACACAGCGGUAGGGAGGAGACAGACAUCAGGGUCAAUGCCAAGUUUGUCCAGGACAGCUCCAAGUACUGGUACAAGCCAGGCAUCUCCAGAGACCAAGCCAUAGCUGUUUUGAAAGACAAGGGACCAGGAACUUUCCUCAUCAGAGACAGCAACUCUUUCCAGGGGGCCUACGGCCUGGCCCUCAAGGUGGCCACGCCUCCUCCUAAUGCCAACGUCAUUGGUAGCAAAGGGGACCCUCUGGAACAGCUGGUGAGACACUUCCUCAUCGAGACGGGGCCACGGGGCGUGAAGAUCAAGGGCUGUCAGAACGAGUCCUACUUCGGGAGUUUAUCUGCUCUGGUGUACCAGCACUCAAUCACUCCCAUAUCUCUGCCAUGUGCCCUUCGUAUCCCAGAAAAAGACCUGGUUGGGGAGCUUCAGGAGAUGCAGAGUGCAACAAACACAAGUACAGCCGCCGACCUCCUCAAACAGGGAGCAGCUUGCAACGUGCUCUACCUGAACUCUGUGGAAACUGAAUCGUUGACGGGCCCCGAGGCUGUUUCCAAGGCAACCAAGUGUACUUUGGCUCUGAGUCCACGUCCAGCAGCAACGGUGGUCCACUUCAAAGUGUCCUCUCAGGGCAUCACUCUAACUGACAGCAAAAGAAGGCUGUUUUUCAGGAGACACUACCCCAUCAGCAGUGUGACUUUCAGCAGUCUGGACCCCCAAGACCAGAGGUGGACUAAUUCUGAUAGCACAUCAAGCAAGAUGUUUGGCUUUGUGGCGAGGCGGACGGGCAGUGCGACAGAGAACGUGUGUCACCUGUUUGCAGAGAUGGACCCCGAGCAGCCAGCUGUGGCCAUCGUCAACUUUAUCAACAAAGUCAUGCUGGGACCACAGCUACACAGAUGAGAGAGCAGGACAAAACUGUGGACCGCUGGGGAUCUGAGGGAGAUGUUAAUAUGAUUUUGACACGUUUUCUUUUGUUUUUUAUGAAGUGUGUGUGUGUCUGUCGACACUUUUGCUUGCAUUUGUACAGGUGGUACAACUGUGCUCGGCUGCACGACUGUUUUUAUAACAGAACCCGGUUCUGGCAGAUCGGAGCUCUUUAGGGCAAAGUGUUGUUUAUGUGUCAGUUUACAGAGCAAACAGUUCGAGGGGAAGAGUUCAAUAAGCCAAAGACUGACCUAACUUUGGUAACCUUUUGCCAAAUGAGAUUGGAAGACGAGUUUUGUGGGAUUUUGUUUGUUUGUUUGUUGUUACUGAAGUUAUUUUUAGCUGUCAACCACUUUCAAACAGUUAACACUCACAAACUGCGUGAGAGGCAGUCCAUUUACCGCACUGUUAUUUGUAUCAAAGUUGAUGUACGUGAACAAGUUAAAGCUAAAGCAAAUCGUUUAAGGUGUUCAGCAAUAAAGAAGAAUGUCAGAGUCACGUUUUAAGCAGCAAAUGACAUGAUUGCAACUGGUCCGUUGCAAUAAAGUCAGUUAUAAGUCAUAAAUCAAAGAAAGAGGCUAUAUAUUUUUGAUGUGAUUUUGAUUUAUCUAAGGAGGAAACAUCUUUUGCUGUAUUUUAAAUCAGUGGUAACAUACAAAUUAGCAAGUAUUAGUAUUUGUUUCCCAUAAUAAAUAUACUAUUAAUGUAUAUUUUUGUUAAAGUGAUAACUGCAGGUGUAGUGAUAUAAUAUGCUCAACUACACUUUAAUGCACACAAAGAUAUAUGAUUUAACAAAAAGUUAUGUAGCUUCUUGCUACACAACAUUAAAAGGGAGGUCAGUCUUGAAAGUCUUGAAAAAUUAGCAAACAUACUUUAAAAGAGCAUGGACGCAACAUGAGCACUUCUCUGUAGCUGCAGAUGGUCAAAGGCCUUACUUUGUGAGAUGCUGAAGGGCGUUCUUUUCAUGCAGAUAUUUCAAGUGUCUGCAAUGUUGGUGAUGUCAUUAUUAAAAAGAGCCACAGCAGAAAAAAUCUCUCCAUAUCACGGAUUAGUCUUGGCCCUGUUUAUGUCCUUAUAUCCAUGGUAACACAUGAUGAGUGAGUCAUGUUUUAGAGGGGAGUUUCACUUCAAGCCAAAGAUUUCAUUUUCAUGUAAAGAUAUUUCAGCGUUUGUUUUUUUUUUGGUUUUUUCUAUCAACUCAUUUGUGUUGUUUGGUAUUUGUGUGUUUUUCUAUAAACUGAUACAGUAUUUAGAUGACAUAAGCACAAUCAUUAUUUUUCAUAAUGGAUUUUUAUGUAAAAGAAGUAAUAUAUUUUAGCCAUCUGAGGUGGUGAGAAGGAUGGUUUAUGUCAUAUGCAAAAGGAAACUUUAAGUAAUAAAAAUCUAA